UCUGCGGAAGGGAGCCAGUCGCGGUUGAGAAUUUCGAUCCAGGACGGGCUCUAUCGCGAUCGGAAUUGACCGUGCUAAAAUAAAGUGACAGUCGGAAGCCGCGCGCAGGCAACGUGACGGAAAGAGCAUACUUCUUUUCGAACCUGAGCUUUGAAACUUCGUACCUGUUGGUUUCAAAAGCGAAGCUCUAAUAUGAGCACCCACAACCACGAUCUCUCUAUCAUCAUUGCAACUUCCUGCGUGCGUCAUCUGUUCGCGAGCGUUUUCCGGUUCGCGGUAAACAGAACCAGCGGAACUGACCGAUCGGCGACGAUGAUGCAGGCAACGCGAUCGGCUGGGGCCUGAGCGUGCCCAUCCGCCAGCCGAGCUCGAGCGAGAAACCACUGUCACCCGCGUCCCUGUGACCCAGUUCGAUCCCGCUCGCCACAGUUAAGCGAUUAUCCUCAUGGCUUAUCUGCGAGGCCCGUCGAUCACGACGACAUCGUCGAUUUACGAUUCCCACCGUUGUAUCGUCCGCGACUCUACUGUGGCUCACUGAAGCGUCACCGCUGCGAGGCGCGUUAAAGCAACUCGACGUGAGGCGUAGGAAUUCCAGAAUUGAUAUCAUUACGGAGCCCAGCUGAGGCGAACCCCAGAGAGCUAGAUCAAAACGCGGUCGCGACGCGCCCCAAGUCCCGUCUUUUCGGUUUCGUGUUGAGUGGUUGGACGCAACUUUUGUGUCGUGGCCGAGCCGCGUGAAUGCAUUUCGCCGAGUGACCGGACGGUUUCUUUCAUUUUUUUUUCCCUUUCCGAAGUGUGCACACCUCUUCGACGAGGAGGCGCAUCGAGUGAAUAAUGUUCUCGAAGUUAAAGAAGAAGAUUGAAGAGGAGAACCAGACCGAGCUCGUCAUCGGCAUUCCGCCACCGCCGCCCCAGCUGCCGGCGCCGACACCGACCCACAGCCGCAGAGCGUCUGACUGCGGCGUCAGCACUCCUGGCCGGAGCACCUGCAGUGAGGCCUCGGACAGUGAUCGAGAGCAGAAACCAAAGAAACUGUCACAGGGUAGCACAGCCGAAAAUGACAACAGUAAGGCCAAAGGUAGCACACCGAAAAGGUCAGCACCCACGGGUGCCGACUAUGAAGAGAUAUACCACAAGCUGCAGCUCAUCAAGAAGGAGAAGCAGGAGCUCGAACGGCAGCUUCGGGAGAGUGAGCAGCGGGUGGAGCUCCUGGCAGGCCGCUGUGAGAACCGCGAGGAGAUUGAGAGCUUCCAGAGCCAGGAGAUGGCCAAGGUCAAGCACUUGCUGCUGUGCAGCCAGCAGGAGCUCCGUGCAGCUGACGAGCGGUUGCGUCAGCGAUCGCAAGAGCUGCAGCAAGCACGAGACCAAGCAGCUGAGCUUGAGAAAGCACUGUCCGAAGGCGGUGAGCAAGCUCGUGCUCGUGAACUCGAGAGGGACAAGACUGCUCUCGAAGCAGAAGUGGACCGUCUCAAGCAAGAUGCACUGCAGAAUGCUACCCGCAUCAGCCAGCUGGAGUGCGAGCUGGGAGGCCUGACUGACGAGCAUGAUGGUCUCAAGCACACGCAUGAUGUCUACAAAUCCAAGGCGACCACGAUGAUAGACGAGAAGGACCGCCAAAUAACAGACCUGGAGGACAAGGUUCACACUUUAGAGAAGCGGCUCGAAGGCACCGCACUGACGGGCGAUGAGCACAUCCAGUCCCUUGUGGAUGAGCGCAAGGAACUAGAAAAGAAGCUGGACGAGUCACGACAACACCUGUCGGAGGUCAAGACAUCCUGGAGUGACAAAAUCAACAAUCUCGAAGCUCAGAUCUUCAAUCUGAACCAGAAGAUGGCUGAGGACUCCCAGGAGUGCAGUCGUAUGGAGAAGCUGCUUGCAGAGGCCCAGCAGCGCCUCAAGGAUCAGCAGCAGCAGUGCGCCAAGCUUGAAGAGCAGCUGCUGGCCAGGGACACUGAGAUGGCAAAUAUGCGGCGCAGCCACGAAGAAGAGCUCCAGCGGCAGCGUGCACUCCAGGACUCGCAGCUGGAUGAGCUACGGAUGCAGGCAGCUGACCUACGUGCACAGCUGACCCAGGCCCAGCGGGACCGCGACCGGGAAACCAGCCAAGCUCAGGCACGAAUUAGUGCUCUAGAGACCUCUCAAACGGAAUUUGUCGAGAGGGAAAUUGAGGCCGAGAAGCAGGUGACUGCUCUCGAAAACACGGGCAGGCGUCUCAAGGUGGAACUGAACAAGAAGGAGGCCGAAUGCAGGAAGAGCCAGGAGCGGAUCCAGGGGCUCGAGGCCAGUCAACAAACGUCGUCAGAAAAGGUCUCCAAACUGGAGAGGCAGCUGAGUCUUGUGUCGCACUCUGAGACCACCCUCAAGCACAGCCUCAAGAGGAGCGAGGCUGAGUUGAAAACCAUGAAGGAAGAUCUUGCAAAGCUGAAGCAGGAGCUGGCCUCAGCUGAGAUGGAGAACAAACAACUGACAGAGGAGCUUGAGGCAAAGCAGCAGCAGGCGAAUGAGCAACGUGCCAAGCUGGAAGAGGAGGUGGCACAGCUGCAGGAAUCUCUGCGCAGUGUGACAGAAAAGGUGGAGCAGCUGGAAAACGAGGCUGCGGCCAAUGCGAGCAACAGCACCAGCCUCGCUGACUUGGAGAGCAAGGUGGCUGACCUCGAGGACCAGGUCUCCGAAAAGAACAAGGCACGUGUCAUUUGCCAUCAUCACCACAUGCUGAAGUUGCAGCAGCAGAGGAUUAGCGACAUGAAGAAAACGCUGCAGAAGGAGCUCAAGAGCCACCAGGGGGCCUCCGCUGCGGCUGCUGCGCUUAACGUUGAGGGAGCGCCCAGUGCAGCCAGCGAUGUACCAUCACCGCCUGUCGACCAUAGCAGUGGCCUCGGCUCUGCUGGCGACAGUGUGGUAAGAGUUGGAACUCAAGAGGCCGGGUUGGCAACGCAGCCAAGGGGCCCCGACAACAAGCUGGAGGAUGACAUCAACUUCAAGUAUCUCAAGCAUGUUGUCUUCAAGUUUAUGACAAGCAAAGAGUAUGAGGCGCAGCACCUGAUCCGUGCCGUCUCUGUGCUCCUCCGUUUCACGGCUGAUGAGGAGCAGAUGAUCCGUGAACACCUCGACUGGAAGAACUCGUGGUUCGGGACGCGGCCUCAGCCGCACCACCCGCCGCUUCACCCGUUGCCUCAGCACCACCACGGACACAACUCGCACCAUCACCACCACCGCUCCUCUGCAGCAUUCACGAAUCACCCCAAGGGCAACACCAAGACCACCUAGCACACGGCGGCACACUCGUUGUGUUUGUGUGGUCACGUUUCAAGAUGCGAUUAUGUGGCUUUGCACCUGCAGGUGUCCAGACACGCUGCAUCACGGACGUGUGUUGUCACCUGUGUCGUCAUGUGUGUCAAGAGCAUGGACCUCGUGCAGUGGCAUUUACUGACGUGACGCUUAUUUGUGGUGGCUCACACCCAUGCCUUGGAUAUUACAGACACCAAUUCCACCUUGAGAGGUUGAUAAUGGCUCUGGUGGGCACAGUGAUGGCGUCUCGGACUGCAGGUGUUCUGCGUUCAGCACAGCAACGAACCAAAUACUGCAUCGUAAGAACUCUCCCGCGCUGGACAGCAUUGCUUGAGACUGCCAGCUGCACUAAACAAGACCGUGCUUAGGUGUGCUGGACCAAGCUGCUGUGCCGUGGAAAAGAGAUGACGGCACAACUGGUGGUGCUGAAAAAUGUCAAGCGAAUCAUGUUUCCUUGUGAUGGUUCUUAGCACCUUGCUUUGGACCUUCUGUGCACAAGCGAGACCUCGGACGAGACAGAAGUAGAGAGGUUCAUUUUUCCCAGAAAAGGCAGGGCUUCAUUUUUGUUACGCGUAACUUUAACUGGUUUUGCACAGUAAAAGCUUUUUAAAAUGAUUUGUGUGUCAGUGAACGUGCACUUGGAUGAAAUUUUGUGAACAGUGUUUUUUAAACUUAUGGGUUGUUCGUAAACCUUUUUUUAAAUGAAAGCUUACGCAAACUUUUACACAUUUUCAAUUUGAAUUUUUCCGGUGAACUCGUUAGGUGCCAGUAUGCUUUUUUUGUGUGUGUGUUGUAGGGACACGUUAGCAGCCGCACAGAUUACAUUCUAUGAGUGACGCGAAACACAGUCGUCACUGCCUGCAGAAUUUAAGUGUGCAUUUAGCAGCUAUGUGUUCAUCAUUCUCAGGCCUUCUUUUUCUAAAAAUUAUUAAUGUUUCUCUCCCAUGUACACUAAAGAGGACCAUUAAGAAUGUACUUAAAUUGGCUAGUCUUCUCUCUGUACUGUUUGAGUGCAAGCACUGAAAAUGCAGAGUAUGUAUUGUUAAAUUUGUAUAAGAUUGCAUGGGAUCCUUCAUUCCACCAGUACCAAUGCAUCAAGCAGAAACUUGAAGGUUAACGAAGAAGCUUGAGAAGAAGUUAAGGUAUGCGCAAUGAGUGAUGGAAUGAAGAAUGGUAGGCGUAACCUACCAUUCUUCAUGGUAGGUUACACCAUGACAGCAGUGUAAAUUAAUAGAGCAAACGGGGUUAGCCGAUAUUCUAGUUGACAUAGAAAAAAACAGUGGAGCAGGACAGGCCAUGUAAUGUGUAGGGCAGAUAACCGGUGGUCUAUUAAAGUUACAGAAUGGGUGCCAAGAGAAGGGAAGCGCAGUCGAGGAUGACAGAGAACUCUGUGGUGUGAUGAAAUUGGGAAAUUUGCAGGCACAAGGUGAGGUCAGCUAAUGCAAGACAGGUGCAAUUGGAGAUUGCGAGAAGUGGCCUUUGUUUUUCAGUGGGCGUAAGAUAGGCUCAUGAUGAAGAGCUCCUUACUCAAAAGUACACUCUACUGGCACAACUAUGCAGGAAACUGUCCUGUAACACUGUAAUUGAGUUUAUAUGCAUUGUUCUUUGUUUUUUUAGUGGAACCAAUUUCAAAUCAAACUCAAGAAAAAUUAAGAGAGAGUUGUGGUUCUGUUAGAUACUGUGCUCUUGUACCAUACUUCAUCAUAAAAAAAAGAAAAGGCGCAUUGUUAUAUCUGUGCUCCUUUUACCAAAAGGCUAAUGCUGCUGGUAUCCCUGAUUAAUUGCGAGCUAAACGGAGCUAUCUUUUCAUAGAAAUGCAAAAACACCCAUGUACUUAGAUUUAGGUGCACGUUAAAGAACCACAGGCGGUCCAAAUUUCCGGAGUCCCCCACUACGGCGUGCCUCAUAAUGAUAAAUGGUUUUGGCACGUAAAACCCCAUAAUUUAAUUUUUUCAUAGAUUUGUAGCACACUGCGAAACGACUGUCUGUGGUUGCUCUUGCAAAAAUUGUCUUUUGGGUGUGGCCGAAAAGAGCUGUAUUUUCUCGCAGUUUGCCUUAAUGCACGCAAGUCACUGUUGUAUGUUACUGUAUACAUUGCACUGUAUUCUAUGGAGUGCUUUCAACUGUGCGCUCAGAGGUCUGUGCGUGAGCGCUGUCAACACACCAAAGAAAGUGAACUUGCUUGCGGCAUCAUUUUCUGUUGCUGAACUUGGUCAAUUUCACGUUCUAUUUUAAGAUUCGAAGCCCUGUGUACUUGCAAAAAUGCAGUAGUAUGCUCGAAAGUGCUUCCAUUGUAGUCAGUGCUCGAGAUAUAGCCUUUGCAAAAUGAGAAAGUUGUAAAUACAUGUUUACAAAAGCCCCUCUGCAGUUCAUAACUAGUGAGGGUGAAUUUUAUUGGUGCUUUUACAUUAGGACUAGCGUUAAAUAAUGCCAGGGUUAUGGAUUAAUACUGCCUGCGGGAUAUCUAGAUUGCAGAACUGUCUCUCGACACUUCCAAGCUAGGCAUUUCCAGCCACGAAUGGAGGCUCGUAGUUUGAAACCAUCUGCACUUUUUUUGAAAGACUGCAUACAAAAAAUUUCAGCUUUUGUUGCUUAGAAUCACGUAAAUGUCUCUUGUAAUUGCAACGCACUAUGUCGCAACGCACUAUGUCAUAUUUGUGAACCUGUGCCCAUUCUGGCACUUAGGCUCCUUCUGAAGGCUAAGUACUUUCAAUUUCCACAGGUGGUGUACCGAAUGUACUCUGCACGGUUAAAAGUUGUAGCAGAUAAUGUUGACUUUUCUCUUUCCGAAAUGGAAGACAUCUUGGUGUAUAUUUCCUGCUUUCUUCGAAGCCACAGUGCAGGCAGACAGUUUCGCACACCACGCAAAUCACGACAGCCAGUUUUUCACGUCUCCUAAUCUAUAUUGUGGUGUCGUGCUGCUCUGAGCUGCACUAGGCUUAAUACUUUAAAGAAACCAAAACUGGUUGUAAGGCAGUACUGUUAGAUUAGCGCACUGACGCAUUCUGCCGUGGAAUUUAUUAUCAGUGAUUGUGUAUGCAAUGUUUCAUCACAAGAAGCAGAAUGCAAAUUUUGAUGUCUAUAAUUCUUUAACCCCUUAAGUGUCUUAUUAUUUUGACUAAUAAGGACCUUAAUUUUUUUUUAAGGCUCAUUUUCAAACUUCACUCCACUGAAAACCCUUCUAAAGUUUUUUAAACCAAUUUGCAUCGUGUUUUCAGUGGGAAAACCUGUCAUUUUAACUUUUCACUAUGCCAUACAUGUGUAAUUGUCAUUGCUGCAUACAGUAUAAUUGCCAUCAUUCCAAAUCCGCCAAAAGGCGCAAAGAGUGCUUGAUUCCGAAAACGUGGUCUUUGAGCGCCUACCUAGUGCUGCCUUUAUGUAGUAGACAACAAAGACCGCAAUAAACGCGCCCCUCCAGCGCUGGCAAAAUGGCUGCCAUCUAUGUUGUAGAACACGAAGACUGCAUCGAGGAGGCUGUCGAGGUGCUGAACAAGUGCUGACAUCGAUGUAGUAAAACAAGAAAGAGCAAAAUAGCUGCGAAUUUUAAAUGCUCGCUCUGCAACUGUCUACGUAGUAAAAUAAGAACAAAGUGGAUGUGCCGAGUUCACCCAAAUCACUUUGAAAACCGGAUUAUUGCCGUUGACGAGCUGAGCUCGUCCAAAACGCUUAAGGGGUUAAUAGUCGUUAAAUUCAAUUGCUUGGUACUGGCUCAGUGUAUUGCAGCACUGAACAUUAAAGACGUGAUUGACCGCAGAGUUUAAGGAUGAGAAAAGGUGAUGGAUCCGGACUUUACAUUCGAACCUGAUGUCACUUGUCCUUCAAGACCACCCUCAUGCUAUGUGCAAUUACUCAGUCUUGCUGGACUACUUGCUUCUCUGUGGGUCUUGACUCCAGGAGGGGCAAACUAACUAAUAAUUGUCAAACUCCAGGAGGGGCACUUGCAAUGCAUUAUAGCUUGGUCAUGUCUACUCAGAUGCCAUGGUGCCUUUAUGACCAAUGUUUUCUUUCCUCUUUUGCUUGACGAGUCAAUUGUGCCCGUGACAAAGUAAGGACUGAUUCCUUCAGGCUGGGGUCAGCACUGUGCCUCCCCCUCUUCAUUCUCAUUCAUCUCAAUGUCAUUCUCACAUGACAAAAAUGGACAUGAUUUAGUUAAGCGGUGCACUUGAAAAAGCAUGGGCACGAAAAAACUGAGACAUACGCCUUCAUUUUUUUUUUUUUUUGCGACUUCAAGUGCGCAGCUCAACUAACUCUUGAAUUACUUACUAGGCCAUCAGCACCUGUUAAAAAAGAUGGACAGGAAGGGACAAGUGUUGAUAUGAAAUGGUUAUUCAGAUUUCCUUAAGGGCGACAGCACUCUCUUUCUGCAGCUUCUGGUUGUCAUGUUUAACAUUCUUAAUUUGCCAUGCAGCUGCAAUGCGGGAGUGCCUAAAAUGCACAAAGUGUUCUCAACUACUAAAAGCUUCAGUGUUGUUAAGGGAGGCCUCCCACUACGCUUUUUGAACACGGCAGAUAGACAGGUUCAAUCACUGGGUCAUGCAGUGAUCAAACGUUUCAGCCAGACAUCACGCUUCUGCAUACAGCAAAGAGAACCCACAGUUGCGCGCAUAAGGUUGCACAGCCUUGCAUGCACUUCGUAAAGUCUACCGACUGGAUUGUAGUCUCUCACCAACUGGAAUGUUACGCAAAAUGCUGUGCUCAAGCAAAUGACUAAAUGUAACGGCAACAAAGGCAGAGCUGUGUAGAAAGAAACGAGUGCGCAGGUUGCACAGUUCGCCAGAAUGUGCCGUACAGUGGGUUCAGGCACGUAAGGAAAAGGAACAGAGGCAUGGUGUGAUGCUUCAGUAAGUGCAGCAUUAUCUGCUCCACCACAGACUCUCAGCAUUGAGUGGGUACUAGGAGGACAGUUUUGGGGGUGGCACUAGGCAACUUUAUUUAUUUUGAUUACUCUGCUUGUACAGUGUCCUUCUUAAAAUUUUUGAGGGAAGAGGUUUUCGAGUUUAUAAUGUGCUGAAGUAUCCAAUACACUUUGUUACAAGGUGUUGCGUGGGGUUCCUUUGAAAGGCAUGCGUUGCGUGCUGUAUGGAGAAUGUGGCGUUUCUGCACAUUGCAUUGUCACAAUAAACUCAAGGGAACAUGCACACAAACACCUGAAAUUGAGUGACCAGAUCUGCAGAAGGCUCAUAGGAUGAUGACGUUCACAGAAUACAAACUGUAUUUGACAAGUGCAAUAGCGGAAGACAGUUAAUAUAUGCCUUCAAACUGCAUUUUGCACUAACCAGUCAAUAUGUCAGGAUAAGUAAUGUAACUUGGCUAGUGCAGUGGGAAAACUUGAAAUGUGGUCUUGUGUGUCUGGUGAACGAAGAAUGUGCAGUAUUGAGAAAAUGCUAUGUCUAGUGAUUUGUGAAGCAAGUAUGCCAUGCACCCUUUCUGCCGCUUUUGUUGAUUUUUUUAUGAGUAUGCUCUUGCGGUCAUGCCUCCAUUUCUUACAUUCGAAGACCUGUGCAGGCGGUCUUAUAGCUCAUGGCUGAAAUGUGCAUAUUUUGUGGUGAGAAUGCAUUAUGGACCAUUAUGCACAUCUCCUCGAAUCUUUAUUAAAUGCUUUGCAGGCCGUGCAGGUGCUACCAUGUCAGACUAGCAGUGUCUUGGAACAAUUGAUGUAAAAAAAAAAAAAUGCAAACAUUCUACCGAGAAACCUUGCCAUGUGAUCAAUCCCGAGUACUGCACUCGUGUUUCACAUUCUCUGAGCAUUGUGUCGGUGGAGGUAUGGAGAAAGGCUAUGCUGCUCUGCUGGUUCAAGUUUAUGGAUGUUAUUUUUAAUAAAUUUCACCAUUGCAGCUGUUGUUACAUCACGACCACUGUGCUUUUUUUUU